UACCGUCAACACUACUUGUACAAUAUUUUAGUAUAUUCCACUUGUAUUGACAUUGUUUAAAUUUAUAAGUUCGUAGCUCGCACAUAUUCAGUGAUGGCACCAGGUGGGAGAGUACGUCGUUCGCGCACUGGAUCUACCCCUUCUACCCGUGAUGCGACGGAGCCAGCAUCGCCGUCACAUGUUGCAUCGCAGGCGUCUGAUCCCUCAGUCGCGCAUACACCGGGCACUGCAUCGUCGUCGACCAGCCGACGAGGACGUGGACCCACGCGUGGGUUGCUUUUAGAGCAACUUACGCGUGAGGGUAGGGUGACGGUAGAGUUCUCACAGGACUGCAUUAGACCUGUUGGGAACAAUGCUAUGUUGUUUACGUCGGAGGUCGGUGUCUUAUGCCGAUCUCUGAUCCCCCCCACCAUUCCUCGUUGGGGGGACGUGACAGAUGAUGUGCGGCAGCUCAUCCGUUAGCGCC